AUGACUCUCAUACACAUCGUAUUGUUCAAGUUCAAGCCUGAAGUGACAGCAGAACACAAGGCUAUUUUCGUUCGGGAGCUCAAGAAGUUGAAGAACCUCCCUUCCGUCAAGGACAAGCGACUCGUUGUCGGUGGCCCGUCCGUUACGAGCCCUAUCGAAAGAAGCAAAGGCUUCGAGUUCGCGCUCGUCAGCUAUCAUGAUGACCUGGCUGCUUUAGAAGAGUACCAGGCAAGUAAAGAGCAUCAUUGGGUGACGUCUACCUACAUGUUUCCAUUCAAGGAAGACCUUUGUCGAUUCGAUUUCGAAGUUGCUUCCGAGGACGAACACAUGGGUGAGCACUUCACCUCUGCAUUCAUCGGGAAGGAAUAA